AUGGGAAAGUCAACCUCGGUAGCCAGCGUAUCCAGAGAGUCUGGAGACGAUAGUCUCUCUCAUACAGAAAAUGGGACCGUCAUUAAUUACCACGAAACCAAGCGUGGGCUUUCCUCGCGCCAUGUGCAGCUAAUGGCCAUUGGAGGAUCGAUUGGAACGGGCCUUUUCGUCGGCAUUGGUUCUUACCUCCGUGAUGCUGGGCCUUUGUCCCUGUUCUUGGGAUAUCUCUUUUAUGGCAUACUAUUCAUCUGGCCCACGAACCUUUGCGUGGGUGAAAUGUGUGCCUACUUGCCGAUCAGGGGGUCAAUCUUCGAGUUGGCAGCGCGGUACAUCGAUCCAGCAUUCGGAUUUGCCAUGGGCUGGGUAUACUUCUAUGGCGGACUCAUGCUUCUCUGCACCGAAUACUCGGCUGUGGCGACAGUCAUGCAGUACUGGAACACCAGCGUCAACCCAGCCGUAUGGGUUGCUAUGGCCAUGGUCGUAUGCUUCCUCCUAAACAUCGUCGCCGUCAAAUACUAUGGCGAGACCGAGUUCAUCAUGGCCUCCACCAAGAUCCUCCUCCUCAUCGGCCUCGUCCUCUUGACCUUCAUCACCAUGCUGGGCGGCAAUCCCCACCACGACAUCUACGGCUUCCGCAACUGGACCCACGGCGUCAUGUAUGAGUACUACACCACUGGCAGCACCGGCCGCUUCCUGGGCUGGUUCUCCGUCGUCAUCUACGCCGCUUUCUCCGUCGCCGGACCCGACCUCCCAGCCCUGGCCGCCGGCGAAAUCGAAAACCCGCGCUUCACGAUCCCCCGCGUCGUCAAAAUGACAUUCUACCGCAUUGUGGGCUUCUACGUUAUCGGCGUACUCGCCGUGAGCAUCAUCUGUUCCCCAAAUGACCCGCGUCUCAUCAGCGCCAUCGAAUCAUCAGCGGCCGGAUCCGCCGCCUCCCCAUGGUCUUGCGGGAACGCCUACCUCUACAGCUCCAGCCGCACCCUCUACUCCCUCGCGCGCGAUCACCAAGCCCCCGCCUUUCUCCUGAAAUGCACCUCUGCCGGAGUCCCCAUCAACUGCGUCCUCGUCGUCUCCCUCCUCUCCUGUAUCACCUUCCUCGUCGCUGAUACCUCUGCGGUGACGGUCUUCUACUGGUUCGUCGAUCUCACCACCGCCGCCUUCAUCCUCACCUACACCGGCAUGGUCUGCGUCUUCCUAGCCUGGUACCGUGCCCUCAAGGCACAGGGCAUCGAUCGGAAGACGUUCCUUCCCUGGGCAUCGCCGUGUCAGCCGUACGCGGCUAUUGUGGCAUUGAUCAUCGGGUGCUCGGUGACGCUGUUCAAUGGGUUCACGGUAUUCGUCCCGUUCAGUGUGGAGGGGUUCGUGACUUCGUACUUUGGCGUGGCGUUCUGGGCGGUCAUGUUUGUGUUUUGGAAAGUCUAUCAGGGUACCAAGUUGGUGGAUCCGGCAGAGGCUGAUAUCUUCUCUGGCAAGGCUGAGGUGGAUGCUGAGUGUCGGGUUUGGGAGGAUGGGGGGUUCUUGGAGAGAAGGAGGGCGGAGUUGGCUAGUAUGCAUUGGGCGAGGAGGUGGUGGGAGAAGAUGUGGUAG